GUGCGGCCACUGACGAAUAGCGUUCAGUCGAGACCGAGCUCAUCCGCGAUACAGUUGCUUUUCGCAUUCAAUAGACAAAAUGGCUGAUGUUCCAAAGCGUGAAGUUGAAAAUGUCGAAUUCGUUUUCGAAGUUAUGGGCUCCCCCGGUGAGGGCAUCGAUGCCGUCGAUCUAGGCGAUGCUCUGCGCGCUCUGAACUUGAACCCCACCCUCGCUUUGAUCGAGAAAAUGGGCGGCACCAAGAAGCGCAACGAGAAGAAGAUCAAAUUGGAGGAAUUCCUGCCCAUCUACUCGCAAGUGAAGAAGGAGAAGGAGCAGGGCUGCUAUGAGGAUUUCAUUGAGUGCUUGAAACUGUACGACAAGGAGGAGAACGGCACCAUGCUGCUCGCUGAGUUGCAGCACGCCCUGCUGGCUCUUGGUGAGUCCCUGGAUGAUGAGCAGGUUGAGACUCUGUUCGCUGACUGCAUGGAUCCCGAGGAUGAUGAGGGCAUGAUCCCAUACUCUCAGUUCAUCCAGCGCUUGAUGAGCGAUCCCGUCGUCUUCGACUAAACACAUUCCUCGCCAGAAUGUGUGACAGACCAGAUCAGCUAUAAAUAUAACAACAACAACAAUUCAACAACAACAAUAAAUUUAUAGCAAACAGCCAUUCUCCAUAGAUGUUAUAUUCAUCGCUAACUCUCUCUAUCUCUCUCUCGUAUAUUAUUUUAAUUAAAAUUUACUUCUGCUACUACAACUGCAAAAAUUGAA